AUGAGUAAGUGCCAAGAAGUUAGUGAUAACGUUAUAUUACUCCCACAAACCAAUCAACUUAGGGGGUUGUACUCAAUUAUUCGUGAUCAUUCGACAAAGAGAGGUGAUUUUGUUUUCUAUUCUGACAGAAUCAUUAGAUUAUUAGUGGAAGAAGGAUUAAAUUUACUACCAGUCGAAGAGGCUACUAUACAAUGCUAUGGUAAUCAAACAUUUAAAGGUGCUAAGUUUUUGGGUAAGAUCUGUGGUGUUAGUAUUGUUCGUGCUGGUGAAUCAAUGGAGAUGGGACUUAGAGAUUGUUGUAGAUCUGUAAGAAUUGGGAAAAUUUUGAUUCAGAGAGACGAGGAAACUGCUUUACCAAAAUUGUUUUACGAAAAGUUACCAGAAGACAUUAGUGAGCGUUACGUAUUCUUAUUGGACCCAAUGUUGGCGACCGGAGGAAGUGCUAUGAUGGCAGUUGAAGUGCUAUUAAGUAGAGGUGUGAAAAUGGACAGAAUCUUCUUUUUGAAUUUAUUGGCUGCGCCAGAAGGUAUCAAAGCAUUCCACGACAACUAUCCUGAUGUCAAGAUAAUCACUGGUGGAAUUGAUGAAAAGUUGGACGAAAACAAAUAUAUCGUUCCUGGUUUGGGUGAUUUUGGUGAUAGAUACUACUGUAUUUAA